AUGAAAGUUGCGAGAGACUUGGAGGGCGGCAAUCCAUGGUGGCGGCAAUCUGUGGUGGCGGCGGCGACGGUGGGAGAAUCUGAGUUUUGGGUUUUGAUUUUGGAGGAAGGAAAUGCUCUCAUUUAUAAACUUGCUUGUGCUGACCCUCUUAAUGAUCCUCCUGAUGAGCUUUGUUCAAGCACUAGUAAUUACACGGCGGGUAGUCCUUUUGAAAAUAACCUCAAAGAAGAUCUCUUCUUUUCUUUAUCUUCAAAUUCUUCUUUUACUAAGUUCUACAACACUUCUUCUGGAAACGACCCAGAUAGAGUUUAUGGACUGUAUAUGUGCUUCAACUACGUAAAUGGAAACGACUGUCAGAGCUGUGUAAGCCUUGCAAAAACAGAUAUUGUGAAGCUCUGUCCAAACAGUAAGGAAGCAUUUGUAGGGGAGGAACUUUGCCAAUUUCGCUACUCGAAUCAAAAUUUCUUUGGCCAAUUGGAUCUUACAGGAAACAUUCCCAAACAAAAUGAAAAGAACAUUUCAGAGCCACAAUUAUUCAAAGGUGUUGUAAACAAUGUAUUGAGUAACCUUGCGCAAAAGGCAGCUUUUGAUCCUCUGGCUAACAUGUAUGCUACUCGAGAAGAACCCUUUAAAGAUGAUACAAUCUAUGCUCUAGUGCAGUGCGGUACUGACUUGUCUGCAAAUCAAUGUAACUCAUGCCUACAGAAGGCUAUAUCAGAUAUUCAAACAUGCUGCUAUUUCUCUGUUGGUGCAAGACUUUUUAGUCGUAGUUGCUAUUUGCGCUAUGAGUUCUACAACUUCUAUAAAGUUCUACCAUCCACAAAGAAUACGAAUGGGGAAAGGAAAAAUGAAAUUGCAACUCAAGGACCUAUUCUUCGUACUGUUCAUGAUCAACAUAACACUGAUUUUCAGCACCAAAAUUUUAAAGGAAGAAAUGACCAGCAAGAUCAAGAACUCCCUUACUUCGAUUUUGCAUCCAUAAGUGCAGCUACUGACAACUUCAGUGAUUCAAAUAAGCUAGGAGAAGGGGGCUUUGGCACUGUUUACAAGUGUAUACUGAGUGAUGGAAAGCAAAUAGCAGUGAAAAGGCUUUCCGGUUGUUCUGAACAAGGUUCAACGGAAUUCACCACUGAAGUUCUGCUCAUUAUGAAAGUUCAACACAAAAAUCUUGUCAGGCUUUUAGGUUUCUGCAUAGAAAGGGAGGAAAAGCUGCUUAUCUAUGAAUACAUGCUGAAUAGCAGCCUAGAUUUCUCUCUCUUUGAUGCAAAUAGACGAGAGCAACUCAAUUGGAGCAGAUGA